CUCUUUAGAGGCCAAGUGUCCCUCGUCUCUCUAAUCCCUAACUAUAUGACCACAGGUUUUCAGCAAUUCGAGCCACCUCAACACCCCAAGCAUGCGUACGUGGGUCACUAUCCACUCUCCACGUCCCACCACGCACCCAUUUGCAUACCUCUCUCCUCACUCUUCACACCGACUACUCAUCAUCACUCGGGUGGUGGAUUCAUUCUCUCUUUCUCUCUCUCUCUCUCAAGCAAAGAUCUGACAGAUGGUUUUUGGUUUUUGAAUUUUGACAUUUGGAUGGCUUCGAGUGACAGAUCGCCGGGUCCGAUGCCGCCUGGAGACGGGUCAGUUCCGCCGGGGAAGGCGAUGACGAUGGGACAGCAGGUACUGGACAAAGGAGCCCAGUUGAUGCAGUCUCUGAAGCCAGUCAAGCAGAUGAGCCAGCAUGUGUGCACCUUCGCUAUGUACAGCCACGACAUGACUCGCCAGAUCGAAACUCACCACUUCCUCACUCGCCUCAACCAGGACUUCCUCCAGUGCCCUGUCUACGAUUCAGACGAUUCCAACGCUCGUCUCAUCGGUGUAGAAUACAUCGUGUCGGAGAAGGUAUUUAAUACCCUGCCGGCUGAGGAACAAAAACUUUGGCACUCCCAUGCAUAUGAGAUCAAAUCAGGCCUUUGGGUGAAUCCACGUGUUCCGGAGAUGGUUCAAAACUCUGAACUUAAAGAUGUUGUUAAAACAUACGGAAAGUUUUGGUGCACUUGGCAAGUUGAUAGAGGUGAUAAGCUUCCCCUUGGUGCGCCCGCACUGAUGAUGUCUCCGCAAGAUGUGAACACAGGGAUUGUGAAGCCUGAGCUAGUGAAGAAGAGGGAUGAAAAGUACAAAAUAUCAUCCGACAAUAUGAAGAAUUCGAGGGCAAAUAUUGAAACGCCAAAGGAAAUGAAUCCAUAUGCAGACUACUGGAUAAAGACAGGGAAAGGUUUUGCCGUAGACAUUGAGAAAACACCAAUGGAAUUGAGGGCACCUUUUCCAUGAAUAUAACCUCCUCUUGUCAUGCAGUAAAAUCCAGCCAGGGCAUGUAAGACUCAAAACAAUAUUUACCAGCAAAAUUUGCAUAAAUUUCGGCGUGUUUUUUUGCCUAAUAGAUGUAUAUUGGUGGGAGUUUACAUUAAUAAGUGGCCAUGUUAGAUUUGUCUGCUU